AUGUUGAAGAACAUUUUCCGAGGUCCCGGAUCGAGAUACAUUUCCUUAUUUUCUCGUGUCUGGUCUGGCAACUCCACACAAGCAACAAGCAACAACUCGGAAGAAGUCUUGAAGAAAAUUUUGGAAGAAAGAUUUCCAAAAGCUGACAGAGUCAAAGUUGAAGAUGUCUCCGGCGGAUGCGGUGCAAUGUACGAAAUUUUUGUAGAAAGUGUAGAAUUUAAGGGACUGAACACGGUGAAACAACAUAAACUUAUAACGGAAGCUCUGAAGGAGCAAAUUAAGGAAAUGCAUGGAUUGAGAAUACGCACGUCGAUCCCGAUUGGGAAGUAA